AUGCCACAUGAACUAAAAAAUUUAGAAACGCCUAAAGAUUUUUUUAAUUAUUUUUUCGAUGACUGUCUAUUAUCAAUAAUAACUGAGCAAACAGAAUUGUACAGCACGCAAGUUGACCCUUCAAAGCCAAUUAUCCUUUCAAAAACUGAAUUACAAAGAUUUCUUGGAAUACUUAUUAUGAUGUCCGUUGACCAUGUUCCAAACUCGAGAUCAUAUUGGUCAGAUAAUUUAGGAAAUAUGCCUAUAAAGAACUGCAUGAGCGUAAAUCAUUUCGAAAGAAUAAAAAGAUUUCUACAUUUCAAUAAUAAUAAUUUAGACCUCCCUCCAAAUCACGAAGACCGUGAUAGACUGUUCAAAAUCCGUCCGAUUGUUGAAUUACUAAAAGCAAAAUUUUCUUCUGUGCCUUUUGACGAAUUUCUAGCACUAGAUGAACAGUUGUGCCCAACAAAGGCGCGUUCGUAUAUGAAGCAAUAUUUACCCCUUAAACCUCAUAAAUGGGGUUAUAAAUUAUUUGUUCUCUGUGGAGUAAAAGGUUACGCCUACAAUUUUGAAAUUUACACGGGUAACGAAAACAAUUCUCUAGAACGCCAGCAAAUGCUUGAACCUGACUUAGGUGCAACAGGUAAUGUCGUAGUUAGACUUUCGAGAGUGAUACCGAGAAAUGAACACCAUAAACUAUACUUCGACAAUUAUUAUACGUCAAUUCCAGUUAUGGUGUAUUUAGAAAAAUUAGGUAUACACACAGUAGGGACGUUUAGGAGGAAUAGAUUUCCCGAUAUAGCGCUUAUGCCUGAAAAAGAAAUGCUUAAAAAACCUCGAGGAACAUAUGAUGAAUGUUUAACAGUAGUUGAUGGUGUACCAAUUACAACAGUGUCGUGGAAAGACAAUAAAAUUGUAAAUGUUACCUCCACUUUCAUUGGCGCCCUCGAACCAACCAAAGUACGUAGAUACGAUAAAAAACAAAAAAAAAAUGUAGACGUUGAGAGGCCAAAAAUUAUCGAAGUCUAUAAUAAGCACAUGGGCGGUGUUGAUCUGAUGGAUUCAUUGAUAGGACGGUACAGAAUAAUAAUGAGAUCAAAAAAAUGGUACAUAAAAAUAUUUUAUCACUUAUUAGAUAUGACAGUCGUGAAUUCAUGGCUAAUGUACAAAAAAAUUACGGGCAACACAAUGCCAUUGGCCAAAUUCCGAGAACAUUUAUCUGUAACUCUUAUGCAAAGUGGAAUCGCCAAACGAGGAAAAGGCAGGCCCUCAGGUUCAUUCGAAAUACAAGAAAAUAUUAAAAAAAAACGAACACAAACACCAUCUGCGCCGUUUAACGAGAUAAGAAGAGAUUGUCUAGAACAUUGGCCAAACUAUGAACAGCAAAGACGGGUAUGCAAAAUGCCAAAAUGCAAAUUUCAGUCGUUCACAAAAUGUUCCAAAUGUUGUGUAUAUUUAUGUUACAAUAACGAUAGAAACUGUUUUGUUGAUUUUCAUUGUUCUUAG